AUGUUGAACCCCCAUUUCCCCAUUUUUGUUUGGCAUGUGAUCAUCGCGGUGGCGAAGCUUUUCUGGCGUGAUGGAAAGAACGCCAAGGCGAGAAAGUGGUUCAACCGGGCCGUGACCCUGAACCCGAGGCUGGGCGACGCCUGGGGCGCUUACUUGGCCUUCGAGCUGGAGAAUGGCACCUCCCACGAGCAACGAGAGGUGAUCCGAAAGUGUGUGGACGCCGAGCCCAACCAGGGUCUGGAGUGGAACAAGACCGUCAAGAAGGUGGCGAACUGGAGGGCCAAGUGGGCCGUGAAGUUGAAGCGCUUCGUCGAGGAGGUCUAUCCAACCGAGUUCAAUGCCAAGCCGCUGAACCGCGAGGUGGAGCUGCUCCUGCAGGGCGAGGACCCGUAUGCUGCCAUGGCAACAGCCCAAGAGGAGGCAGCCGCGGAGAAGGACGAGCUGGACAUCAAGGACGAGGGCGGCGUCAAGCAGGAGUCCUUCGAGCCGGCGACGACCUUCCAGGGCGCCAAGCCUGGCUGGUGCUUCAAGAUGGGCAUGCGUGGCUUGGGCUAUUACCGAGAUCCAAAGCAAGACCAAGCCAUCAAGGGGGAAGUCAAGCAGGAGGGCAAGGCCAAAGUCAAGGAAGAGGACGAAAAGAAGUGA